UUACAACCAUAGUCAAAUAUUGACAAUUAUCAACACAUUUUGGGAACCACCGAGGCCUUGAAUUCUCUUAUCAAAUAUUGCUUGCGGAACAUUAUCUCAAAUUCUGUAAUCUGUAAUUCAUGGUAAAAUUUAACAAUUAUUAUACUUGAUGGAACUAUGAUCAAUAUAAUUAUAAAUACGAUCCGCAGAUCCAUGUAAAACUUUUUUAUUUUAAACUUAAGACUACUAUCCGAUGCCCGAUGGUAACAAUUGAUAUUCGAUUCACUUUUAUUUCAUACCAAAAUUGUACAUUGUAUGAAUAAUUUUCGAAACGUUUUUAUAACUGAGUUUGUUUUAUUUGAUAUUUGUUGUCUGUUGCUUAUUAAUACUUUUAACUUUUUAUUACUAAGUAUUGAAUAAAACUAUAUUUAAUGUACUUUAAUGCUCUGAGUAUUUACAUUUUUUGCUAAUAUUAUUCUCAUCAAAAUGUUGCCUUCCAAAGGUUAUUUUAAGUCUCUUGAAUGUCCUUAUUAUACUGGAUCAUUCUGCGAUCGACCGUAUUGUCACUUCAAGCAUAGUAGACAAGACUUUUUGUCUGAUUCAAAAUGUCAAAUUGCUAUUGAAACGGAAAACAAGUCUGUUGUCAGUAUGACUGAUGGACCAAAGGUUAAAUCAAAGUUGCCCGAAGAACCAAGAUUAAAACAAAAGGUAAAGUCUAAAAUUAUUGAAUAUAUACCUCAAUAUAUUAAGCCAAAGAAUUCUGAAUUGGGUGUAAAAUCUUGUACUUAUGGAUCAAAUUCUGAAAUGUGUAAAAUCAACAGUCCUAUACUUGAGUAUAUACCUUCGCGUGUCAAUGAUACAAAUUUAGAUUUUGAACUUGAAAAUUUUAAAAAUAAUAAUGAAUUAAAUGGAAAAGAGCAAACAAAAUCAAUUGACUAUACUGAAGGAAUUUCAGCAACUUAUAAUAUUUGUACAAAACAAAAUAUAGGUAUUUCAGAAUAUAUACCUACCGUUAUUGAAAAACCUUCAGAUAAAACCAAUAAGAUUGAAGAUAAACAUCACCAUGAACACAGGUCAUCUUCAAAACGUAAAAGUGAUUCUUCAAGAAAAUCUUCAAGUAGAUCAAAGAAACCUAAAAGAGAUAAAUCUCCAGAACAUAAAAAGGUUAAAAAUGACCGAGAUAAUGAGAAAAAUUGUGAAAAAAAAAAUUCAAGAGAUAAAAAUAGUGAGAGUAUUAAUCUUGACAGUAUGAAUACAUCUACUAUUUAUUCUGGCCCAAAGUCUUUAAAAGCAGUAGUUAUGGAAAAGGUACAAAAAAAAUUAGUUAAACCUGAUCUUAUAAAAUCUGAUAUCAGUUCAGGUGAUGAAGGAAAUGAUCCAUCAACUUCACUAAUUGAAUCAAGUUUAAAUGAAUUUUUUGGAUCAGAAGAUUCUGAUAGUGAACAAAAAUCAUGUAGUGUUGUAACAGCAAAAGUAAAAAAACGAAUAUCUCAUAUUUCCCCAACAAGCAUAUUCGCUCAAAUUAAUGCAAAAACAGUUAUAAGACCAAAAAGUACAAAGUCACUUCAUGAAAUGGUAGCAAACAGAGUACAAUCUAUUCAAAAUAAUGUUAUUGAAAAACGCCCAACUAUCGCUACAAAAAGUUUAAUUAGUGAUCACAGUUUACCAUUGUUAAAGACUAAAACUCGAAUUGCUCAUCAGUCAAAAAUUGAACCAAGUACUACAAAGUCUCAAUCAUCAAACAAUUCAAGUAUAAAAAACAAUGAAAUAACUGCAAAUAUAAAAUUGAGUUUGAGAAUAAAAUCAUUUAAAAAUAGUAACAAUAUGCCAAAUCCUUUACGCCAAAGCUGUUUAGAGAAACUGUAUACAGCCUUCAGUAAUCAUUAUUCAUCUGAAGAAGCAAUUGAUAAAGCUCAUACAACUGAAGAAGAAGUUCACAGUAAAGCAAAAUCAUCUGGAAUUUAUAGAAACCUUAUUGUUCAAUCUUUAAUGAAAGCCAAUAAAUCACCUCAAUUACAAGUUAAAAGUAAUCCCUAUUAUCCUUCACAUAUGUAUGGUAUUUGUCUGUAUGAAUUAUUAAAGAAAUAUAUUCUAACGAAAGAUGAUUUGGAAAAAAACGGUUAUCCACUAAUGGAUGAUAAUAAAUUGGUGUAUAUUUCCAAAAAUGCUUAUUAUUACCGACCACUUUCUAAAAAACGCAAUGGUGAUAAAUUUGUAUGCAUGAAUUGUAGAAGUGAGUUUGAAGUUGAUAAGCGUGGUAUGCCUAUAGUUACUUUAACCAAAUGCAUUUAUCAUUCAGGCAAGUUGAAGUUUGAAAGAGCAAAAAAUGAAAAAUUUUGGAUGUGUUGCUACAAAAGACAACACGAAUCUGGUUGUGAAUCAAGUAUUUAUCACAUGCCUGAUAAGUUUGAUGAAGAUGCCUUGGAAAAUUUUGUUGUGACUAAAAGUAAAAAAUCUGACAAAAAAGUUGAAAUACCUAAUUUUUAUGCUCUAGAUUGUGAAAUGGUCAAUACAACAUUUGGUAUUGAAAUUGUUAGAGUCACAGUCAUCAAUCACGAAGGAGAAGAAGUGUAUGAAUCCAAAGUGAAACCUUUUAAUACUAUACUUGAUUAUAAAUCUAAGUAUAGUGGAAUAACUGAGGAAUCAUUAAGAUAUUGUACAAAGAGAUUGUCUGAUGUUCAACAAGAUUUAUUGAAAAUGUUUGAUAAAGAUUCAAUUUUAAUUGGUCAUAGUUUAGAAAGUGAUUUAAAAGCGUUAAAAAUGGUUCAUUGUAAUGUAGUAGAUACCAGUAUAAUGUAUCCCCAUAAAUAUGGUCCUCCUUAUAAGUGGGGUUUGAAGUUAUUGGCUGAACAGCAUUUACAAAGAAUUAUUCAAAGUGAGGAGGGCCAUGACAGCAAGGAAGAUGCUUUAGCUUCAUUGGAUUUAGUUUGGAAGAAGUUAAAAGAGGAUGUGAAAAAAUUCAAGCCAAUUAAUAUAAUUAGUAUAGAUAAAAGGUAGUUGGUGAGAUUCACUAAAUUUGUUCAUAUAAUGCAUUUGACAUUAAAUGUGGCCUUAAAAAUAAUAUGAUCUCAAUAUAAUUUAUUUUUAUAUAAAAAUAUAUAAUACAUUUGAGCAAUAACAUAAAG